CGCAAUUUUCGCCUAUAUAACUUGGGCGAGGGGGGAGAGAGAGAGGUGGUGGAGAUUGAAGAUGGCGAGGGCUCUCUCCUACAUUAGCCCCGCCCAACUGUUGGCGAUCCAACACCUCCCCAAGGUUGCAGUAAUCGACGUCAGGGAUGAGGAGCGCAAGUACGAUGGGCACAUAGCGGGUUCUCUUCACGUCGCCAGCGGCAGCUUCUCAGAGAACCUACCCAACCUUCUUGCCCAAGUCAAGGCCAAGGACACCGUCGUCUUCCAUUGUGCCCUCAGCCAGGUUCGAGGUCCAUCAUGUGCAAGGAAGUUUGCUCGUUAUCUGGAGAAUGUCAAUGAUGACAUAAAUAUAAAAGAAAUCAUGAUUUUGGAAGGUGGGUUCAACCGGUGGUCCGAUCGACGCAGACCAGUUUGUCGAUGCAGGGAGGUCCUAUGCAAGGGCGGGAGCUCAUAGUUACUUGGCUCCUCUUUUAAUGUCUGUCCAAGUCCUUGAGACUUAUUGUUGUUAACAUGCUGUCUGGACGUGCAGCAAAAUUUGAUAAACAAUUCACCUGCUAUUUGCUAGUCUGCGCACUGUCGGAAGGAGGUAAAAGAAAAAAGGUUAGGCCUGCAGUCUUUAAUAAGCCAUUUAGGAGCGUAGAUGAUUUCAACGUUCGUUGGUCAUCACCUGGCAAAUCUCGUGACAGUAGGCUCUUGUAGAAUGAGUGUGACAACCACAUUUAUGUUGAUCAUAUUGGAUGAAUUACCUUAUUGUUAAGAACAUUGUUUACAAUACAAGCACUGAACUGUAUUUACUGGUA